UGUUCUCUCUCUAGUCUUCCCCCCUUUUUUUUUUCGCCUAUCUCGCUUUACGUCACUUCCUUUACUCCGGUGAGGCGGCAGCCAUAUUUGCUUAGGUUUGAAAUGGCGAAUAACAGCGCGGCGGCCCUGGCCGGGACCCCGCAACCCACCCAGACGAGCGGCGGUGGGAGUAAGCCGGCGUCUUCGGGGAAGUCCGGGAAUGUGCUGCCGCUGUGGGGCAAUGAGAAGACCAUGAACCUGAACCCUAUGAUCCUCACCAACAUCUUGUCCUCUCCCUACUUCAAGGUGCAGCUGUACGAACUGAAGACGUACCACGAGGUGGUGGAUGAAAUCUACUUUAAGGUAACUCACGUUGAACCAUGGGAGAAGGGCAGUCGAAAAACUGCUGGGCAGACAGGGAUGUGCGGAGGGGUGCGUGGGGUUGGGACUGGAGGUAUUGUAUCAACUGCCUUCUGUCUGCUGUAUAAGCUGUUUACAUUGAAGUUGACAAGAAAACAAGUAAUGGGUCUCAUCACGCAUACAGACUCUCCAUACAUCAGAGCACUUGGUUUCAUGUAUAUAAGAUACACACAACCUCCUACAGAUUUAUUGGAUUGGUAUGAUGAUUUUCUUGAUGACGAAGAGGAUUUAGAUGUGAAGGCUGGUGGAGGUUGUGUCAUGACCAUAGGAGAGAUGCUACGUUCGUUUUUGACAAAACUUGAAUGGUUUUCCACCUUGUUCCCAAGGAUCCCUGUUCCUGUGCAGAAACACAUAGACCAGCAGAUGAAAGCCAAACCAAGGAAGCAGGUUAAGAAAGAAGGUGCCGAGGUGACUGAGGAACCCGACCGGCAUGUUGAAAGACGGCGAUCCAGGUCUCCUAAAAGAUCAGCGAGCCCUCGGAGAUCUCCGAGGCGAUCACGAAGCAGAAGUCAUCACAGAGACCACCAUGGAACAACAAGUUUUGACAGGGAACUAGAGCGAGAAAGAGAACGUCAAAAAUUGGAACGAGAUUCAAAAGACAAACGCCGUUCACGAAGUCAUGAGCGUGGUAUAGACCGUAGGAGAAGUAAAAGCAAAGACAGACAUAGAACAAGGAGUCGAAGCAGAGACCGCAAGACAGACCGGCGUGAACGAGACCGGGAAAAGGAGAAUGACAGGAAUCGAAAACGAGACUCUGAUAAAAAGGGUAAUGGCAGGGACAAGGAUUCUGAAAAAACGCGCGAUCGUUCAAAGGAACGCAAGAGGAGUGAGGAGAGAAAAGACAGGGACGACAAGCGACACAGAGAAGAUAGAGAUUCUCGUAAGGAGAGGAGGCAUAGUAGGAGCAGAAGCAAAGAGCGAAAGCAACGAAAGAGCAAGAGUCCUAGCAAAAAUGCAUGUGGGAGAAGCCGGAGCAAAGAAAAGUCAAACCGACACAAAGAGAAAUCAAACAAGCAUAGCAGGAGCAGUAGUCAAGAUCAGACAGACAGUGUGGAAAAAUCCAGAAAGAGGGAGCUCAGCACAAGCAGGGAGAGACCACGUAAACGAAGCAAAAGUAAGGACCGAAGUCAUAAGCGUGAGCAUGAAAGUAAAGACCAUGACCGUAAUAGUUCUGAGUUUGAUGAAAAACAGAGAGGCAAAGAUGAGACUCGGUGACAUAUUUACUGAAUGGAUCACAUUGAAUCCUUCCUUCUCCUUUUUUCAAUUAGUUUAAUUUUUGUGCUCUUCCUAGCCCCAUUUUUUUUUCCUCCCUAACCUGUUUUUUUUAGCACUCAUUUUUUAUUUUUUUUCCCCAUUUCAUUAUUGUUACAUAAGUCUUGUUUAUGUAGGGAAGUGCCUUCUUGGGAAUCCAAGUACAUUGGACAGAACUUUUUUUCCUUCCCUACAUGUGCUGAAUCUCUGCGCUCAUGCAGCUACUGUUCGUGUUUUUUUUUUUUUUUUUUUUUUUUUUUUUUUAAUUGGGUCAGUGUUCCCAAAUUGUACAACCUGUUCCUGACAAUGCCCUGAUUUAGUUCCUCUGAUGUAACGGACCUGCAGGUUCUGUAUGACUGAGGCAUUCAUUUUGGCCACUUCUUGUUCUAACGCUCGUGAGGUUGUGACUAUCCACCUGAUGCUGCGUGCAUGGCUUAGCAGACAUUUUGAUUGGAUGGCUAAUCUAAUGUAUUUUUUUUUUUCUUUUUCUAAAAACAAACGAAUGCAGACAUGACAAUUGAAUUUUGUGUUGUCCAGUUGUAAACAGUUUUUAAAAAAAUGAUUACACUUUGAGCUAA